AUGCAGCAGAUGCAGAAAGAGCUGCAGCAAUUCGAUGCAGCAGCAGCAGCAGCAGCAGAUGCAGGAAGAUUAGGGGAAUAUUUACGUGCAGCAAUACGCAUGCAAACAGCAGCACGUACACUUAAUCAUCUUGUUAUAGAUGCAAGACAUCUGCAGCAGCAGCAGCAACAGGAGGAGGAGGAAGAGGAAGAGGAGGGAGAAGGAGAGGAGCAAAAAGGAGGAGGAAUAAGUGCUGCAGCUGCUGCAGCUGCUGCUGCAGCUGAAGCAGCUGAAGCAGCUCAAGCAGCUCAAGCAGCAGCAGCAGCAGCAGCAGCAGCAACUGCAGCAGCUGCUGCACCGAGUGCUGCACAUACACAAUUAUUUACACAGCAACUGCACAGACAGCAGCAGCAGCAGCAGCAGCAGCAGCAAAACCUGCCAUCUGUACUAGAAGAUAUACACCAGCAGCAGCAGCAAAGGCAGCAGCAAAGGCAGCAGCAGGAGAGGGAAGAAAGGGAGAAAGAACAGCAACAGCAGCAGCAGCAGCAGAAACAGCAGCGCGAAGAGGAGGAGCUGCAACUGCAACAGGAAGAACAGCAGCAGCAGCAGCAGCGCGAAGAGCAGGAGCUGCAGCAGCAGCAGGGAGAGGAGGAGAUGCAACAGCAGCAGCAGCAGCAGCAGCAGGUUGGCGAGCAGCAAAAUGAAGAAUAA